UCACAAUGGCUGGACGAGUAGCUCUCGGGUUGCUGCUCAUAUCAAUUGUCGCCUUGGCAGAAGGCGCUAGAAUACUAACCAUCUUGCCAAGCGGUGGUAAAUCGCACGACAUCAUAGCAACCGCCUUCGGGAGAGUGCUUGCCGGUGCUGGCCACGAUGUGACUGUGAUAACGCCCUACGCUUCUAAGAAGCUGCCGAAGAAUUAUCGAGAAAUCGUGCUAACUGGAUUGCUUGAAAAAGCUAUGGAAGGUCAAGGUGCACCGAACUUUUUUGAUUGGAAGGGCGGAGUUAUAGGUUCAUCCUUUAUGUUGGUGAUGAUGUACGGAAUGAUGCCUGGCAAGAUGUACGAGUUAGCAAUGGAGCAUCCGAACGUUGUGAAUCUUUUGAAAUCUGAUGAAAAAUUUGAUGUUGUUCUGUUGGAGUCCUUCAUAACAGAGCAAUUCUAUGGAUUAGCGCAACACUUUGAUGCACAUCUGAUUACGUUUUCUGCAUUCGGAAACUCGCUAUGGACUAACGGCUUAGUUGGAUGUCCGCAUCCAACGUCGCACUUGGGACACUUUUUACUCAGCUACACCGAUCGCAUGACAUUUUGGGAACGGUUCAUAAACACUGCCUUCACUGAGUUCGAUCGGAUCUACUACAAUUGGUUCUAUUUGCCAACGCAGAAAAAAUACUACGAUUUGGCGUUUCCGAAUGCCAAACAAAGCUUCGAACAGCAGAUGAAAAAUGUUUCCCUAGUUUUUCUGAACACACAUUUCACACUAAGCAGUCCUAGACCUUAUCCACCCAACAUGAUCGAAGUCGGAGGAAUUCAAAUGGAUGAUCCAAAACCGUUACCGAAGGACUUAAAAACAUAUCUUGAUGAAGCCACGGAGGGAGUAGUCUAUUUCUGCAUGGGUUCCAACAUAAAAUCAAAGGAUCUCCCACCUGUGAAGCGAGACGCCUUCUUGAAGGCGUUCGGAAAACUGAAGCAGCGUGUUUUGUGGAAGUUUGAGGACGAAAAUCUUCCCAACAAGCCAGGAAAUGUAAAAAUCAGUCCCUGGGUUCCGCAGAGUGAUUUGUUGGCCCAUCCGAACGUGAAACUGUUCAUUACACAUGGAGGUAACCUCGGCACGACGGAAUCCUUGUACCACGGUAAACCGAUGGUGGGAAUACCGAUCUUCGGAGACCAAAUGAUGAACAUUGAAAAGUCCGUACGUGCUGGAUACGCCUUGCGACUCGAUUUGGAUGACAUUAGUGAGGAAACGGUGGGACGGGCUGUCAACAAGGUACUGAACGAUCCGUCAUACGCAAGAAAUGCGAAACUUGUGUCGGACCGGUUGAGAGAUCAACCGAUGACUCCGCGGCAAACCGUCGUUUAUUGGGUGGAAUACGUUCUGCGACAUGGUGGAGCACCGCAGCUACGUUCACCCGCAAUGGAAUUAUCCUAUUUACAGUACAAAUCACUCGAUGUGUACGCCGUAAUGCUGUUGCUGUUGGUGGUUAUUGUGGCAACUAAUGUGUUCCUCGCGAAGAAGUUAUACCGAAAAGUGUUCCGAAAGAGUUGUCCAGCUGGUGGAAAACAGAAGAAAGCCUAAUACGCUUGUUCCUUAGGGGAAGUGUUAUUUUAUGUGAUAGAAUUUAGGUAGAUUGAAUAAAUUGGUUUAAAAAUAGA